AUGGACGCCCUGGCCGCUGGCGCCGGCGGCCAUCCCAGGCCUCUUAGUCGACCUCUGGAUCCUCCCAGGCUCGUACAAACCUACCUUGUACACGCACAAAUAUGCUCACAACAACCGCGAAAGCCACAACCACCACAACAACCAGAUGGAUGGAUCGAUCCAACAACUUCCCACCCUCGCCGCGUACACACUGUGUUGGGCCCAGCACCUGGGCGCACCCCCUGCCCCCUUAGCCUGCGUCUCCCCGAGCACUGGCUGCCCCUCGGGCGUUGCGAUUUGCCCGCUGUUUCUUUUGGGCCGCUCACCAAGCCUGCACCCGCCUGCACCCUGGCCCUUGUCGCCCUCAGCGGCCGUGUACCUGCACCUGAGAGGCACUUGUGCAUGCAUGCACCGGCGGACGGACGAACGAGCAAGCCUGCAAGCGAGCCCGCCAAGUCGUCAAUUCAGCGCCGCCACCGGGGCAACGACUCCGUUUGGCUUUGUGAAGAUGCGGUCGGUCAGCGGGGGAGGCGAAUGAGACAGUGGAGAGCCACGGAUGCGGCGGGCGGCGGGCGGCACGAUGUCGUGCUUCACGGUUGCUGCGACUCAGUUGCCUUAUACACGCAUGUUGGUGCAUCCAUGCACCGUUAUUCUUUGUUCUAG